GGCCAAGUCAAUAUCUAAAAGUGCGAUGGCAUGGUACUACAUUGAUACAAUAUGACGCAGCACUGCAUGUCGUGCCGAUAUCAAUAGACACGACCAAACUACUCAACCCUUUCCAUGCGGAUCUUGAUCGAGUGGUACCUUUCUUGUUGGCUCUCAUAACACUGACAGACAGGCUUAGAACGGAAGAAGAAUUCGACUGACAGAAACAAUAGUCUAAGCAGUCCGACCGUCAAUGUUCAAUGUAGUGUUCAACGUUCGGGUCCGAGUCCAACCCUCAUCUCGCCCUUGAACUCAGCAAGCUGGUUCUAUUGUUCCCACGUUUCCACAACUCGAGGCCUCAUACUCGCGAUGGUACUGGAGACUGCCAAGUGGACCCCAAUGUCCAGUGCCGAAGAACUAGAAGGGUCGUCGACCAGAAUCGCUAUGACAGAUCUACAAGAACAAACCACAGGAGAAGAGUACUGCUGUGCUCCGAGCCAGACGGAUGCAGGUAGCGAAGUAUCAAGCACGCAGAACCAUGAUGAUGCAGAUAUGAGCAUUGUCCCCAGUAGUGAAUCUGAACAAGACCGUGACCCAGAGCCGCUUACAAAGCACAUACCGCACGAUGGUGCAGAUAUGAAGCUGACAGACGAGACUGAGAGCCAGGUUGACCUAGCUUCCGCACUGAUGACAGCAGAGAAAGACAACAUCAUACAAGAGUUGCAUGAGGAAAUUGAUCUCCUCCGUCAGAGGAACACCGAACUUACUUUACAGUCCAAGCAGCAGAAGGAGUCUUCUCGGAUGCGCAAACAGGGCAUACAGGAUCAAGAAUUCAACCACGUGAUCAACGAAAUACCGGACACCGACAUACAGGGGUUACUUAGUGACCUAAGUGAAGUUAUAGAUCACAUGGUCUCAGAGGUCAUUGACAUUGUUGCUUCACUGCAUCAGAUCACCAAACACCAGUCUGAGCCCCCGCCGCCCAUAGACACCCUCCUAUGGGCACUUAAGCAAGAUCCUCUUGUCACAGGUGCUCGUCAAUAUCUCCUUGAUGCCUACAUGCAUUCCUCGGUCAACAAUCACAUACAUCAAUUAUUCUUUCAGCCUCUUGUAGCACCAUUUAUUCCAUGUGACACUUCCCCUGAAGUAGCUUCCACAACCUCUGAAGCAAUUCUCGAGGUGCAGAUGCUUGAUCAUCUAUUUGAAAAAUUGUUGAGAACCGAACCAUGGCAUAUCGCCCAGCGUUGGCGCGCUAUCACAGCAUCUCAUGUCCCUCGACAAAUCCCUGACCCUUUGGCUUUUCUUGCCGAAUAUACACCCCAAGAAGAAUACAUGCUGUACGGCAUUAUUUUUCAAUUGUACUCAGUGGACAACAUAGCGAGAGAGAAGCUUUCUACAUGUUUGUCGACGAAGAUGAAAGCCAUCUACAACCAAGCUUACCACUUGUCCGUAACAAUCAAGUGCGACGUUCUUCCCACACGAUUGCUUGUGACUAAAUGCAAUGAGGAUGUCGUCAACCCUCGAAUCCACAACAUCUGGCCACUUGAUACGAAAGAUGCCGGCGGUAAAGUGCUUGGAACUUAUCAUUUGGGCUUGGUGAAACAAGUGGACAACGACAAAGUCUCUGUUCUCACUGCCCCUACAGUGGUCAGUGGUGGCUUCUUGCACAAAUUGGGAUUACACUUGCAUCGCCGUUGUCCUGGACCAUGGUAAUAGGACUGCGGAUGAUUCAGGAAGGUGAUGAUACAUAACGAUUUCAGCAUCAAGAGCAGAAUAUAUGCUAGUCUGUUGCUAUAUGUUGUAGGGGUAUGGUUUGUAUGAGCGAAGAGCGUUACGGUAGAUAAAUAUCCGCCUGUGAUAUGCGAUGAUCGACGAUGCACUUGUACUGUUUCUUGCAGGGUUUCGAGCGUGAUUGCACACAAGGCGGUGGUGGGUUUGUAAGACGAGCGAUCAUGGAUGCGACAAUACCAUUUGCCUGCGUGGGACAAAAGGGACUUUAUGAGACGGUACUAGGAGUGUUAGAUAGACGGUAAGAGUGUAGACGUGGCUCACUGUGACUAGAUAUUAGUGGGU